AUGGGUUUUCUCGUGAAGAAACCCGCAGAUAUCGAAGGGUCGGCGGUUCCUGCAAUAUUCAUUGGUCUCUUUGUGGCCUUCGGUGGCGUACUCUUUGGUUAUGACACGGGUACUAUUGGAGGAAUCAUUGCCAUGCCAUACUGGAAGAAAGAGUUCUCCACAGGCUACACCGACGAUAAUGGGAUGCCAGAUAUCACAUCCAGUCAAUCCUCAAUGAUCGUUUCUAUUCUGUCUGCUGGCACUUUCUUUGGCGCCUUGACUGCUGCUCCCACUGGCGACUUUUUUGGUAGAAGACUUGGACUCAUCAUCUCAGUUGGCGUGUUCACUCUAGGUGUCAUAUUACAGACAGCUGCAACUGCCAUACCUAUGUUCGUUGCAGGGCGUUUCUUUGCAGGUUAUGGAGUUGGUAUGGUCUCUCCAUUGAUCCCGCUGUAUCAAUCCGAGACGAGUCCAAAAUGGAUUCGUGGAGCAAUUGUAGGAGCAUAUCAACUUUCCAUCACUAUUGGUCUCCUACUUGCAGCAGUUGCAGACAAUGCAACAAAAGAUCGAAACGACACGGGCUCGUACCGCAUACCGAUUGCCAUCCAGUUUGCUUGGGGUCUCAUAUUGGUUGGAGGUGUAUCCUUCCUGCCAGAAACGCCCCGUUUCCUGGUCAAAGUAGGAAAAGAAGCCGAAGCUGCAAAGUCGUUGUCACGGCUCAGACGGCUUCCGAUAGACAACCCAUCAUUGGUGGAGGAACUUGCAGAGAUCACUGCUAACCAUGAGUAUGAAAUAUCCUUGGGCAAGGCAACAUACCUUGACUGCUUCAAAGGAAAUCUUGGUAAACGUCUGGCCACUGGAUGUCUGCUCCAAGCGCUGCAACAACUCACCGGCGUAAACUUCAUCUUCUACUUCGGAACUUCUUUCUUCACCAACAGUGGUAUUGACAAACCUUUUGUCAUUAGUAUGAUCACUUCCACUGUCAACACGGUCUCGACCUUCCCUGGUCUUUAUGCAGUCGACAAGUUCGGACGCCGUUCCACCCUCCUCGGCGGUGCCAUCGGCAUGACAGUGUGCCAGUUUAUAGUGGCAAUUACCGGAACGGUCGCAGAUAUUGACAAUAUGCCUGCCCAAAGAACUCUGAUCGCAUUUGUCUGCAUCUACAUUUUCUUCUUUGCCUCUACAUGGGGCCCAAAUGUGUGGGUGGUGACGGGCGAAACUUUUCCUCUCAAAGUUAGAGCGAAGGCAUUGUCUAUGACUACAGCAUCAAACUGGUUGCUCAACUGGGCACUCGCAUACAUGACACCCUACCUCGUAAACUCCGGCCCCGGCAACGCAGACUUGGGAGCCAAAGUCUUCUUCAUCUGGGGCAGCAGUUGCUUCAUCUGCAUCUUCUUCGUAUGGGCAUUGAUCUACGAGACCAAAGGGCUUUCUCUUGAACAAGUUGACGAGCUCUACAGUAAAGUGGACAAAGCUUGGAAGUCUACUGACUUUGUGCCUACGGUUUCUUUCCAGAAUGUCGCACAUGCGGGCGUUAAUACUCGGGAGAAAUCUUUGGCUGAUAUUGAGGCGGUGGUGGAGGAGAGGCACCAAUCUGUGUAG